GUCCCUUGUCAGAAUACCGCUUGAGCAAAAAGGCAUAACACUAGAAAAGAUAAGGAGAAAACAUCGCUGGUAGUCUCACGGAAGAGGACGGGGUCGCACUCUGUUAUGUGAGAAUGUGUGAACGUCAGACCUUUGUAAAGCUCAGUGAAGAGAAGCUCAUACCAAAGUCUGACAUCCUGUCACUGCUGAGAACCUACAACUGCUAUCAUGAGGGAAAAAACUUUCAGCUGCGGACUCGCGAGGAGGAUGGACAGCUCAUCCUAGAGGGGCUGCUAAACAUUUACUGGGGUCUGCGCCGACCAAUAAGACUUCAGAUGUUUGAUGACAACGAGAGAUUUCGUCUCAACAGGAAUGAAAUAUCUACUGCGGCAAAGCAGGCAUCUGCAGAAUCCAACAAUAACUCACUGAACAGAGAACCUAGACCGGCUGGCGGUGAUAUUGGGGGUCAAGAGGAAGAGGACUCCCCCCAGCUGCUGAGGACCAGGAGUGACGCUUCCUUCAUGCGAGUUCAGAGGAGGUCAAACACACACACUGCCGGAGACCUGCAGCGCCUGCGCACACACAGGUUCUCGAUCAAUGGCCACUUCUACAACCACAAGACGUCUGUUUUCACACCAGCUUAUGGUUCGGUCACUAAUGUUCGAGUAAACAGCUCAAUGACAACCGGACAAGUCCUCAACCUGCUGCUACACAAGUUUAGGGUUGAAAACAACUCUGAAGACUUUGUCCUUUAUAUGGUACACGAGUCUGGAGAAAGGACACGACUGAAGAAUGAUGAACACCCUCUGGUCACUCGCGUGCUGUACGGGCCCUGUGAGAAAAUCUCCAAAAUCUUUAUCACAGAAGCCGACCUGGGAGAGGAAGUGACAUACGAUGUUGCUCAGUACAUCAAAUUUGAAAUUCCGGUUUUAGACAGCUUUGUAGAGAAACUCAAAGAGGAAGAGGAACGUGAAAUAGUUAAACUGACAAAGAAGUACAGCUCGCUGAGAUCUAUGAUACUGCAUCAGCUCGAAGGCAGAGGUCACAGCAGUGACGGAGUAUGACUGUUUCUGUUUGUAUGACCUAAUGUAAUUGGGUCUGUGGGCGGGUGGGUGUGUGUAUACAAGGAUUGGGAGAUACACUAAUAACUGUUGAUUUACUAUGGGACCAUUUCCCAAUACUGUAAUGAUUGUAAAGUUGAACAAGUGCUUUUAUUGAAAACUAUACAUGUCAUUUUGUCUGAUCUACUUUGUAUCAUGUAUUCUUGAUGCAUUAUCACACUUUGUAUAUGUAAUUUUAAUAUUUACACAUUUUGGAUAAAAUUCCUUCUGCACAUAUUUAUACCCUGUUUUUGUAAUAAUUAAAAUUGUAAUAAAUCGUCCUAGUUGUUGUGCUGAUCCCUGGAUCUCGACUGGCACCAAAACAAUGAUCACAGCAAGUUUCAAUCCAAAAGAAUGUAAAAACAAAAACCAAACCCUUUUUUUAUUAUUUCCCUGAAUUCCACUAAGAGAUUAGCAUUGUUUUUCUGAGUUACCUUGCUGGCCAGCUAGUUCCCACGGGAUGUAUAUGUGUGUCUAUCUACAUUACACAAUGGAAGUAUUCUGAGAGGAGGCCAGUUCCUUUUUCCCACAGUGGAAAUGCUAUUUAUUAUUCGAUGAUGUCACAAUCAGGUGACUUUUGUUGUACUUAGAUUAUUGUUGUACUGACAUUAACACAGUUUUAACGAAUUACUUGGGAAAAAUAAAGAUGCUCUUUAGCUAAAACUUUACAAAAUAUCUGAACAAGGUGAAAGACAUGAGACAAAAAAGUAAUUCAUUUGAAAACAUACAAAUAAAAAACAGAAGAACUUUU